AUGCAGCCUACCUUCGACAACAUAGUCUCGCCGUCUAAGGUGAUGGGCUACCACGUCUUGGCAGAAAGCGACACUGACAGCGACGAUUGCAAGCACAACGCGCCUCCGCCGUCUCCGCUCUCCUCGCGCUACUCGCACCUGUCGGCACCUUUGUCUGCGCCUUCCAUCGACAACAACACCACCAUCGAUUCGAUCUCCGGCGACGACUCGGCCAACGGCUGGACGCUCGUCGAGUCCAAUAACGAACGCCGGCUUCAUCGCGACGAAGCCUUCGCCGCCCACGCUGAACAGGUGCAGGCGAACCGCAAGGCCGCAUACGACCGCGUCAAGAACAAAAACCUUGAACGCAAGGCCGAGCAGAAACAGCAGGAAGCGCUACAACACUAG